AUACAAAACCGGCGGUUCCAGCAAACCUUCCCCCUCGUUAAUCGCCACCGGUCUAUAAAACCCAGCCCACGGACAGGGCACCAUCGCCAACGCCAACCACCGCGCCCCGUUUAUUAUUCCCCUUCCCGCAGCCGCCCCCCGUGUCCCGCGCGCACCUUCUCGAAGCCUCCUCCCUCCCUCCCCCAUGGCGGACCAGCUCACCGACGAGCAGAUCGCCGAGUUCAAGGAGGCCUUCAGCCUCUUCGACAAGGAUGGCGACGGUUGCAUCACCACCAAGGAGCUCGGAACCGUGAUGCGGUCCCUUGGGCAGAACCCCACGGAGGCGGAGCUGCAGGACAUGAUCAACGAGGUUGACGCGGACGGCAACGGCACCAUCGACUUCCCCGAGUUCCUGAACCUGAUGGCGAGGAAGAUGAAGGACACGGACUCGGAGGAGGAGCUCAAGGAGGCGUUCCGCGUGUUUGACAAGGACCAGAACGGCUUCAUCUCGGCGGCGGAGCUGCGCCACGUGAUGACCAACCUCGGGGAGAAGCUGACGGACGAGGAGGUGGACGAGAUGAUCCGGGAGGCGGACGUGGACGGCGACGGCCAGAUCAACUACGAGGAGUUCGUCAAGUUCAGCUCUCUCUGGUCUCUCCCCGCCAUGGCGGCCAAGCUGACCCAGGCGCAGGCGGACGAGUGCAAGGAGGUGUUCGACCUGUUCGACGGCGACGAGGACGGCCGCAUCGCCGCCGGCGAGCUGGUCACGGCGCUGCGCUCGCUGGGCCAGAACGUGGACGAGGCCGAGGCGCGGGGCUUCCUCGAGGACGCGGGCGCGGGCGGCGCCGGCGCCGUCGACCUCCCCACGUUCCUGGCCGUGGCGGCGCGCAAGGCCAACGCCGGCGUGUCGGCCAAGGGCCUGGCCCAGUGCCUGGACGCGUUCGACGACGACGGGAGCGGGGUCAUCCCCGCGGAGCAGCUGCGGCAGGUGAUGCUCACCCACGGCGACCGGCUCACGGAGGAGGAGGCCGACGAGCUGCUCCGCAAGGCCGACCCCCGCGGCGAGGGCCGCGUCCAGUGCAAGGAGCUCGUCAAGGUGCUCAUGAACAACAAGUGAUCCACGAGCUUCGCUGAUCCAUCGAUCGAUCCGCCGAUCUGGGGACUGGUGGACUGUUGUCGGGUGAGGACAUGGUGCCAUGUUUCUUGAUUUCCUGAUGUACUCCUGCUGGUUUGCUGUAAUAUUGGAUGAGAGAUGCGAAUGCUCUGGCUGCAAUAUGUAUACUGCCUUUAUUUCGUUGUGUGUAUGCAUACACAAAUUGCUUUAA